UACUGGAAUCGAGCCAACAGCAGCAUGUGAGCUGAUACAGUAGCCAAGUUCUUUAUGCAAGCUGGGUGGAGAAAACUGGGGACUGCAUUUAGCUGAACCAGGCAGGCCCUGCACUCAUCUCCAGGCAACAACUAACGGGCGAGGCACAGAAAUGCUGAAAGCACAGAGUGUCCUGGUGACGGGAUCCAACCGGGGCAUUGGCUUGGAGGUCAUCAGGCAGCUGGCAGGGAACAGCAGUCAUCCAGAAUGGAUCUUUGCCACCUGUCGGGAUCCAGAAGCAUCACAUGCCCAGGAGCUGAAGAACCUGGCCGCCAAGCACCGGGGAGUUAAAAUCAUCCAAUUGGAUGUUAUGGAUCCAUCCAGCAUCCAGACUGCUGCAGCCAAAGUCACGGAGCAUUUGCAAGGAACUGGGCUGAAUCUCCUGAUCAACAAUGCUGGGAUUGUAAGGCCUAGCACUGUGGAAUCUGAGACGCCAGAGAACAUGUCCGAGGUGUACAAAAACAACACGAUAGGGCCCAUGAUGGUGAGCCAGGCAUUCCUUCCCUUGCUGAGGAAGGCAUCUCAGGAAAGCCCCCAGAAAGGGAUGAGCUGCAGCAAAGCCGCCAUUGUCAAUGUGUCCAGUGCAAGUGGCUCCAUCACCGAGGUCCUUGGGUGGAAUGUAGGACACAUCAUUAAUUACCGCUGCAGCAAGGCUGCUCUGAACGUGCUCACUCGGUGUCAGGGCCUGGGACUGGCUGAAGACAAGAUCCUUUGCGUUGCGUUGCAUCCUGGAUGGGUGCAAACAGACAUGGGAAAUGCAGAGGGACUAGCCCCAAUGACUGUGGACACAAGUGUACGAGCCAUCCUGAACACCCUCGGCCGUCUAACUGAGAAGGACAAUGGCGCUUUUGUGAACUGGGAGGGGACAGCUGUUCCUUGGUGAGACCCCAACCCCUCAAUUGCAGGAGACAGUGCCUCAUGUGUGAGGAGGAUGUGGGACGCAAGCGCAUGAAUUGCUGGGCUUUCAUCUGCAAUGAAUUUAACAGAACUCGACAAAAUGUCAGAUCUCUCCCUUUGAUACUGAGGCUGGGUGCAAACUAGCACCUUUUAUUUAGCGUGCAUUUUUAAAAAUUGGUCUUUUCAGGCACAUGCCAAUUCCCAAAGCGGUUUACAGCAAUUAAAAUCAGACACACAAUGCCAGUGCUGAGCUCUGAACACAAAUAAAAAUGAAACAAAGGAGGAAGAUCUGUUUUCAUAGUGGUUUCUGCACAGCUAUUUUAUCUGGAAUUACUAUUGUUGGGAGAAGAUUCAGAUGGCAUUACAAACUGUCCUUUUUCAAGAUCUAUCUGCGCUGUUCUGCUCCUCUACUUUAAACUGCGGCAACAACCAUCUACUCCAAGUGCAUUCAUGUGGCUGGAUUUUAUUCAUUCUUGUUAUGAUUAUAAAGUAGAUAAUGCAAAGCAGGAUUCAAUUGAUUUCUUACUAUUCUCAUUCCACUGCCGAUGAAAUUGAUAGAAACCAGCAAUUAACGGAAUAAUUAAUGCAGAUUAAUAUUUUGUUAAAAAUAACGAAGUAUUUUAUUUAACAUAGGGGGGAAUAUCAGGUGAAAUCAGGGGCUGAAAAUUUCUGAGGUAACUCAGUAUAGAUAACUCUGAGGUACAAUCAGUACAUGCACAGACUUUAGUUCUUAGGUUUCAGGCUAAUAAGAGUUUCUUAAGCUAUUCACAAUUACUUAAAUCUUUAUGUUGAGAAGCUUUUGUUUCAGUGUUUUCUCAAACACUCUAGUACACUUUUUUUGAGUAUUCUCUGACUGUUUUGGUUUCUAGAAGGCCGGUACCCUCUUUCCAGUACCCAAAACCCCUUCUCUUGAAACACCAGUACUCGUCUUGAGUUUUUAACUGAUCCUUAAGGUCUCCAAAGGAAGUUUCUAACCACCCCAGACUGGAGAUAUAUUCAGAGCUAACUCCCUGUUUGACUGGGUAGGGAAAUUCUCCUCUCACGAGAAGAUCUACCCCCUUCCUUUGGCCCGAAUGGGAGUCUGGCCAACUUCCCGAACUUCCCUACCAACUUUUCCCCCAGUUCUCCUGUCUGUGUUAAACUGCUCUCAGGUGUCAUGUAUGUCUGUACCCAUCCAUCCAUGCCAAUUUUGAUUCUAAACAUAAUGCUUAAUCCAGUUGUUGUAAACAUAAUCUUGGUGUAACUCAAUUUCCCUUUACUAGUGUUCUAAUUAUUUCUCAGUCUUCACAGGUGGUUAUCUGUUGGACUCCAGUGUUUAUGACCUUGUAUUUUCUCUCAGACUAUGAUAUGUCUUUCUUCCUAGCAACUCAUUGUGAUAUCACAAAUGUUUUCACACAGAAAGAGCGGCAAAGUAUUGUUUAUAAUUGGGAGCGGGGGGGAGAGCAAACUAGAAAAGAGAAGUGUCUCUCACAUGUUCUCAUUCCUGUCAACUUCUACUCAUGCUGCUUAGAUGCCUGUCUUGUUUCUAAGUAGCCCUAUGGACCUGCAUAUGGAAAUGAUCUGAUUUCUGAAUAAAAUCCAUUUGACUAAGUAGUUGUGUCUUACUGCAAAUGGGCCAGAGAUCUGUCUGCUGUAUCCUGUCAUCCAUAGCCUGACAUCAGGCAGGGCUGAAUCUUAAAACUGCCAGUACUCGACCCCUCUCAACUAGAGCUGAAAUCAGACUGCCUUCUCCCCAGCAUUCAGUUCAGAAGUCUUUGUUCAGCUCAUGCUACCCGAUCAGAUUCCUUGGAGUAGCCUGUCACUCAAGGCUCUCUGUUUCUGUGAAGAAUUAACCCUUCACAGUCCUUCAGCUGUUUGUACAGCACAUCCAAGCUUUUAAAAAGUGCAGUCGGUCAUACACAGCUUUGCAUUACAGCAAAAUCAAAAUAUGGAUCUGGCAGCAGUUUAAAGAAUUAACAGAUUAAAAUGUACGAUCCUAUGCAGAGUAACUCGAGUCUUUACCUUUUGAUUUCAUUGUGAAAGGAGUUUUCAUAGACUGAA